UGCGGAAAAAGGUCAAGGGAGCCGAGGGGAGACAGCCCAAUACCGCGGAUGAGUUGAUCAAGCGGUUUGCCGCCGUCGGAGUAACGGUGGCAGAGAGCUCAGGUAGGUCUGUUCGAUGUCGCCGAUCGCUUGUAUGGUCGAGCUAAGAUGCCUGACGGUCGGACCUCAGGUAGUCCGCCGUCUAUCAAUGGCACACGAAAGAGCGGUAUGAAGAAGGACGUUCAGGUUGAUGAUCAGCAGAACGCCCGCAGAGAACUGGCAGCACUGCUCAGCAGGGUGAAAGCACCGCCGAAGAGAGAGCCCUUCAACCUGAAAGCGCUAGAAGCGUCCUUGGAGCAAGAGCGGGAGGCUGAAGCCAAGAUCCAGGAGAACCUCCGACGUGUCGCUCUGCCCAAAGUUGCGGCAGUUCCCACGAUUUCGGACGAGAUGCGAGAGACCAUCAAGGUGGCCAUCAAGAACCCUCGUUUCAUCAGCAAAUGUCUUCGGGAACAAGUCGAGUUCAAGGAUCUUCGACUGCUCAACCCGGGCCAAUGGCUCAACGACGAGGUCAUCAACUUUUACAUGGCGCUGCUACAAGAACGAGCUGAUAACGAUCUGAUAGAGGUGGAUGGGCAAAAGAAGAAGAGGAGGGAUAUCCACUGUUUCAACAGUCAUUUCUAUCCCAAGCUGGAGUUUGAUUACGCAAAGUCUAAAGUCGGUCGAUGGACGAAGAAGAUCGACAUUUUCUCUAAAGAUAUCAUCGUCUUUCCCAUCAACAAGAACAACGUCCAUUGGCUGUGCGGCGCGAUCAACUUCAAAGACAAACGACUAGAAUGUUACGACUCUAUGAACCCCAAUGGACAUGCACAAGUUUACGAGAGAUUGAGAAGAUACCUUCAAGCCGAGCAUCUGGACAAGAAAAAGACACCGAUAGAUUUGAGUGAUUGGGUCGACUACUACGAUACAGAAUCACCGCAACAAGACAACGGGUAUGACUGCGGCAUCUUCAGUUGCCAGACUCUGGAACACCGAGCCCGAGGGCUAGGCGAUGGAGACGAUGCGUCGGCGGGCGCGGCUUGGGAGUUCAAGCAAGACGACAUGUUGGAGAUACGUCAACUCAUGAUCUACGAGAUCGGACAGGCCAAGCUUGUUCCGAGGGGGAACAAGUGAACCAAUCAGUGGUCCCGUGUGUAUUUAUUUCUUGUUAGCCUUCCUGACGAACCGUUGUAGCCGAAUAUCGUCGCAUGAUCGUAGCAUGGCCAGCUAGUGGUCCGAAUUGUCGGUCGAGGUCGCUUACGCGACGCGGAGGAUUUCAAAGUCUGACGCAACCCGACCAUGUCCCUCAA